AUGAUUGAUGAUAGUUUAAAACUUUGUUCAAUAUCAAAUACAUUUAAUCAACUUAUUCCUGGAUCAAUUUAUAAUAUAUCUGUUAGUAUUCAUCGAAAUCCAUUUCAAAAUACUUUCAUUUGGAAAAAACAAACAAUAUAUAAACUUGUUAAUACAAAUCCAUCUCCAUUACGAAUUCGUACUUGGAAAUGGAAUGAAUAUUGUGCUGCAGAAUUAAUAAAUACAUUUUUAAUAUCAUAUUCAACAGAAUGUAUAUUAAAUGAUAAAAUUUUUAAUUGUAAUCAACUUCGAUGUGGUUGUCGAUAUCGAUUUCAUAUUUUAUUUAAUCAAACAAAUAUUAAUUCAUUAUGUUCAAAAUCUCAAUGUGAUAUUCAAUUCA